AUGGGAGGCCAUGAUUUCUAUGUCGAGGACUUUAUGGUGACUGAUCUCAAAUAUCUGUCCCGGGAGAGCAAAUACAAAGGUCUUCGGAGGCUGCUCAAAAUCUCUACCCUAAAGCAGUUUCCCCUAGUGGACUCUCAAGAGACUCGCGUCUUGUUGGGAUCCAUCAAGAGGAAGCAUCUCUCCAAGAUUCUGUCAGCCCAGCUGAGUGCAGAGAAAAGACUCCAGCACCUGCUCAGCCAGUGGGCCGAGAGGGUUCAAAGUCAAGAGCCUGAACCAGCUGGCAAUGAAAAGAAAACUGAAAAACCAGAGACGCUCAAGGCAAUGGAGCAUGGUGUUUCCAACGCCCAGGACAGUGUGGUGGAAGAAAUGGUGGAGGAAGAAGAGGAGAAGGUGGAGCCCUCAAAGACUGUGCAAAGGACUGCUGCUUCUCCAUUGCCACAAAAUGAGCAUGUCCAAUAUUGCAACAUGGUAGAGGAAUGGGAGUGCCGGAGACUGCAGGAGCCCAUCUGCCUGGAUGAGGUGCCCAUCGACCCGGCUCCUUAUCGCCUGCUGGAGAAAGAAACCCUUUACCAGUGCUAUGACCUCUUCAACCUCCUCAGCCUCCGCACGGCUUACGUGACCAACAUGGGGCGCCUGGUUGGAGUGGUGAGCCUCAAGGAGCUCAAAACGGCCGUUGAAGGGUGUGUCAAGGGCACCUUUGCCAGCAGUCGUCACCACCGGCAUCUGUGCAGGCCUGAUGCUCAGGCGCUGAAGCCAUCGGGAGAGGCUGAACCCAAGAGCCCCCCAGUGUAGGACUGGAGGAAUCGUGGAUGGUGCCAUCUCUCCCCUUCGGCCCCAUUUAUGCAACCCUGCUGCCCCCAAAUGUAUUGGAGCACCCACACAAAGACACACACAAAUGGCUGGCAGUUGAGGCCUGCAGGGUGGGGCCAACGGAGGUGGAAGGCUUGGGACUGAAGCUCUUGGAAUGUCUGUCGUGGGAAAUCAGCACAUCAUUUUGAGUUGUAGCUGGGCCAGGGCCAGCAUGGGCAUGCUUAGGAGCUCGGAGUUGGGGGAGAGAGACAGGACAUGGUAGAAGGUGUGUAUAACAUAGACAUAGACACAGAAUAGUAGAGUUGGAAGGGGCCUAUAUGGCCAUCAAGUCCACCCCCCUGCGCAAUGCAGGAAUCCAAAUCAAAGCAUUCCCUGCAGAUGCCUGUCAAGCUGCCUCUUGAAGGCCUCCAGUGUCGGAGAGCCCACUACCUCUCUAGGUAAUUGAUUCCAUUGAUGUAUGGCUCUAACAGUUAGGAGGUUUUUCCUGAUGUCCAGUCGAAAUCUGGCUUCCUGCAACUUGAGCCCAUUAUUCCGUGUCCUGCACUCUGGGACGAUCGAGAAGAGAUCCCGGCCCUCCUCUGUGUGACAACCUUUCAUGUACUUGAAGAGUGCUAUCCUAUCUCCCCUCAGUCUUCUCCAGACUAACCAUGCCCAGUUCUUUCAGUCUCUCCUCACAGGGCUUUGUUUCCAGUCCCCUGAUCAUCCUCGUUGCCCUCCUCUGAACCUGUUCCAGUUUGUCUGCAUCCUUCUUGAAGUGCAGUGUCCAGAACUGGAUGCAAUACUCAAGAUGUAUGGGGGGAAGGGCAGUAGGCUCAACUAGUGGAAACGGAGAAAGUGAAGGCAACAUGGGGAAUGGACUGUCUUUUAUAAGAGGUACUGGAUGGAAGUGGGGCUCUUGAGCAGCCUUCUCUAACCUGCUGCCUUCCAGCUGGUUUGGACUACAGCUCCCAGCAGCCUCCACCAGAAUGGCCCUGUGAUGCUCGGGCUGAUGGGAGUCAGAGUCCAAACCAGCUGGAGGGCAGCAGGUGGGCAAAGGCCAUUUUUCCAGAGCAUGGGCAUUGUGACUCUUGUAAUGGAUUCACAGAUCAUUCACAGCAUCCCUUCCUGACGGCCCUGUGGAGUAGCACAGGUGGACACAGACUGAGGACUCCGUGGGUCUAUGGAUCCUUUUGGGUCCAACCGUGUGACUUCUGGAUGUUGCUAACGUGAGAGAGGAGGCAGAGCUGAAUGCCCCGAGCGCCAUGGCUGGUUCAUCCCUUGGAUUUACAAGGGCAGGGAAAUCAGCAUCAUCUGGGGGGAAAGGCCUCGAUUGGAGGAAAAUUUGCUUCUAGUGCAAAGUCAGUGGGGGCUGGGGGCUCUCAUGUCAGUAGGGCACAGAAUUCGCUCCACAUUUUAGUCUGAACUCACAAGGGGCUGAAACCCUCCAGUCUCUACUGUUCAAAGUAUUGUUGCUGGCUUUUCGUCCUUGAAUACCCUAAUAGCAAUAAUGAUUAAUGAAUAAUUAGAAAU